UACAUGAUUUCCUGGACUUCAGUUUCGUUAUUAACGUUUUUAGUACUCCAUAAUAUUUGUUUUAUCAUAUGAUCUACAUAUAUUAUGCUGUAAAAUAACAAGUUCGAGCGUAAAAUCAUGGAUGAAUUCCAUAUUAAAUAUGGGUUUUUAAUACACAAUAAUGCGAGAAGUUCGUGAAAAUAUUGAUUUUUAAUUCAAUUUGUGUUUUAAUUUCUUCCUGUUGGUCUAAAAAUCAUGUCUUUAAUGCCAUCGUUGCCUGGGUUUAUUUUUACUGAAAAAUUAGGUAAAGGGUCUUAUGCAACGGUUUAUAAAGCAUAUCGUACGGGUGAUACAAGAGAAGUUGUGGCUAUAAAAUGUGUUUCAAAGUCGACAUUGACGAAAUCGUCUGUAGAAAAUUUAAUCACAGAAAUCUCAAUUUUAAAAAAAGUAAAGCAUCCAAAUAUAGUGGAAUUGAAAGAUUUUCAGUGGGAUAAUACUUUUAUCUUUUUAAUACUGGAAUACUGCAGUGGUGGAGACUUGUCACACUUCAUUCGUUCCAGAAAAAGAUUGCCUGAAUCAGUUGCUCAUCGAUUUUUGCAACAAUUGGCAAAAGCUCUACAGGUCCUUCGAACUCAUGGGAUUGCUCAUAUGGAUCUUAAACCUCAAAAUAUCUUGCUUAGUAACUACACAAACCCAGUGCUGAAACUUGGUGAUUUUGGCCUUGCUCAAUAUCUUCAUUCUGAUGAUGAAGCUACAUCAUUUCGUGGAUCUCCUUUAUAUAUGGCACCUGAAAUUCUAUUGAAGCAUCAUUAUGAUGCUCGUGUUGAUCUGUGGUCUGUUGGAAUCAUAAUGUAUGAAUGUCUCUUUGGCCAGGCUCCUUUCUCUUCUCAGACAUUUGCUGAACUUGCUGAGAAAAUUAAGAGUAACAAAGAAAUUGAGAUCCCAUAUGGAGCCCAAGUUUCUGAAAAAUGCAGAGAAUUGGUUUUGAGUUUGUUGCGGAGAGAUCCAAAUGAAAGAAUAACAUUUGAAGAAUUUUUCAAUCACCCGUAUGUUGAUUUGGAACAUAUGCCUACACCUGAAACAUAUUCUAAAGGAGUAGAUCUUGUACAAAAUGCAGUUCAAACAGAUGCGGAAGGUAAUUUUGAAAAAGCAAUUCAGCUCUACAGUCAAGCAUUAGAAUACUUAGUGCCUCAUAUUCCAAUUCAAAGCAAUCAAAUCAAACGAAAAGAAUUAAGAAAAAAGCUUCUAGAAUAUGUGAGUAGAGCAGAAGAAUUGAAGAAAUUGUCUAAAAGUAGCCAAUCAAAUUCUAAAAAAGAAAUUAAACCAAAGAAUGAUACACCAACCAUAGAGGAACUGGUUGCAAGCAAACCUCAACUUGAAAAGGCCUUUUAUUUUGCUCAACAGGCAGAAUCUCUGGUUGCUGAUGGCUGUUAUGAUGAUGCUGGUUAUCUCUACCAGAAAGAAUUACCAGGACCUCGAAAAGAUCUUUUAUAUGCAGAGGUAAAUAAAUGGAUGCAAAAAGCUGAAGAUUUGAAAGCAUUCCAAUCCAUUCUUAAACAAGAAAAAAGGUUAUCCAGAUUGAAUAGUGUUUCUGAUAAAGUCCACUUUAAUAGAGCUACUGAAAACGUUGAAUCUACUUGUUGCAUGCAAUAAAUGCCUUUGCUGUUCCUUUAUACUUUCCAAUUGUAAAUAGGUGCUUAUAUUUAUUUUGCUGUAAAUUUGUACUUGUAAAUAAAUAUUGUUUACUUAAACCA